AUUGCCAUAUGUAUAGUUUUUCGACAGUUUACUCUCACCACUGAGAGGAGCAGAGACAAUGAAGCAAGUUCACGAUUUACAAGCCUUGAAGGAAACUCUGAUCAAAGAGUUACCUUUCUCCAUCUUAGCUUUGGAGUCUGUAAAGCAUCAAAUCAAGUUCAAUUUCCAGCCACCAAAAGAAUUCUAUGUGUCCGAAAACGAGGGAUCGUCAUACGUUGUGAUUAAGGAGCGAUUUGACGAAUCCCUUCCCAUGUUUACCAUCUUUUGUAAAGAAAGUGACGUGUCUACGGCCGAACAAGAACUGCAAGAUAUCAUUCCAUGGGAUCAGCCUUGGGGAAUAGGUGGAUUACCAGACUAUUUAAUUGACACUUUCAAAGCCAAAGCCCAAAAUCAAGGAUCUAAGGAGCUUUUAGAAGUGAGCGAAUGUUGGGUCGCAAUCUUGGACCCUGAGACCCCCAUUCCUGAGAUGGAUGUUCCUUCAAAUUGCAAGGCUCAACAUGUUGCGCCUGAUGAUGUGGAGUUUAUGGACAGUUUGUGGAAAUUUCGGUCAAGCUCCAGUCUCUCUAUUUUAAGGGGUCAAACUGAGCGAGGAUUGGCCUUUGGAACCUAUGUGGAUGGUCAACUGAAGUCCUCGCUUGUCACUUUCAAUUUUGGUCCUCUUGGUGCCUUGGCCACGGCUGAAACUCAUCGAAAGAAGGGUCUGGCCCAAAUGGCUUUAACCUAUGCGGCUAAACAUCUUCGCUCUGAGGGUUUGACACCGUUUGCCUUCAUUGAAACAUAUAACAAACCCUCGUUUCGCCUAUUCAUGAAAACUGGAUUCAAACAUACCCAUAAUGUGUCCUGGCUGUUUUGGAAGCGACCGCAAUAAACGCCUCGAGGACGUUUCUAACUCACCAAGAUCAACACAUGCCUGACUCCCAUUGAGGCUCUAACCAAGUAGUGUGCUAAAAGUAUUCAAGCUUGUUUUUGUAGCUUGACUGAGCCCGCGCUCUAGAUUACUCAAGGGUGACAUUUAAGCCUCAUUACAAAUUUGGUGAGAACUGAAAUACAAUCACAUAAUGUGCUAA